ACAGUCCAUCCCAGUACAAUGAAACCGGUGACUAUUAUCUCUAUUCCAACAUUCGUUAUGCUGCACCUCCCGUCCGUGACCUUCGUUGGGCAAAGCCUCAGCCUCCUCGAGCCUUGAUCCGUCCGUCGACCCAAAUGCAAACGUGACAUGCACACAGGUAACACCAAACUGGUGGAACAUCACUGGCUUUCCCGGCGGAUUUACCGGGGGAGUAGAAGAUUGUCUCUUCCUCGACGUUUAUGUGCCAAGAAACCAGACAAACUACGGGGAAACGCCUAUUAUGCUCUGGAUUCAUGGAGGCGGGUUUAUCACGGGCUCAAAGACCGCCUCUGGCGACCCAUCCGGCCUGCUGUGGGCAGCAGAUGAGCCCAUCAUUUAUGUGGCAAUUAAUUACCGGCUUGGAGGUCUUGGUUUUCUAGCUGGCCAAGAAGUCGCGACUGCUGGUGUUGCUAAUGCUGGACUGCAUGAUCAACGAGCGGCUUUUCGCUGGGCACAAGACCAUAUUGCUGCAUUUGGAGGCAAUCCAGCUGAUAUCACUGUCUUUGGUGAAUCAGCAGGUGCAGCGUCAAUUAUGUAUCAUCUUACUGGAUAUGGUGGCAAGGACUGCCCCCCCUUCCGCCGGGCAAUACUGCAGAGCAAUGGAUUCUGCCCUUGGAGAGGCCAUGCGAAUAACGAAGCCAGGUUCUUGGCAUUCGCCAAUGCUGCUGGGUGUUCUGAUCUCGAGUGCCUUAGAAACGCAUCAACCGAGGCGGUGAUACAAGCAAAUAUUAAUCUCCUGGUCAAUUCGACCGAGAUGUAUCAGCCACAAAUUGAUGGAAAUCUGGUUCCGGACUAUCCUGGUUGGCUAUUAAGCACUGGAAAGUUCUGCAGUGACGUGGAGAUCAUGGUUGGCAAUAAUGAUGAUGAGGGUGGCUGGAUGCUCAACAAUCCUGCUGUUCACGAGGUGGCUUACUCGAAUGACACAUCGAAAGCCAACAUUGAAAAAGGCUUCACAUUUGGCUUGGGCACUCCUCUUACCACAGGUGUAAUGGAACGAUUGCUGGAGCUGUACCCAGCACCUUCCAACAGGACCACUUAUAGUGACAUGCUUGGGCUGAUGACACUCUUCCAAUCUGAGCAGAACUUCCUCAGCUCGACCUUUGCUAUUGUCAAUGCGUGGAAAAAGCACGUCUUUGCCUACAAGUUCUCUGUCGGUUAUGCGAUCCACGCCAUGGAUGUACCAUACACAUACUACGACGGACCAACUGCUGAAGUGAAAAACGCAACUGCAGCUAUUGCUUUGCAGAAAUACCUCACGCGGUUUGCCAUAACCGGUGAUCCUAACCAGAAACCAGCUAAGACAGAUACUCUUCCUUUAUUCCUUCGAAUGGAUACUAGUAUGACCAAGCCUGUAUUCAAGAUUGAUGACAGUUCUUACGAGUACGUCAGCGAUGACUACUUCAUGAACGAGCGAACAGAAUUCUUGGCAAGCGGACUGUGGAUUUAAUGAGCGAGAAGCAACAGAUGAUUCACACGAGAGAUGGAGGGGAUGAAGCCCUUCUUGCAACGAGAAUUGUGUAGACUGUUAAACCCGCCCCAACCCGCUCAAACCGCCAAGGAUUGGGUGGGUUGGACCUUUAAUUAACCAUUGGAUUCUCGAUAUUAUUGGUUGACCCAUAGCACGGCGGAGCAACCCCCUAAAUUGCCAAGAUAUUUUGUGUGGUGAAUUACUGUAUUUAGGUCACAUCACAUAC